AUUGUCCCAAUAGUGAUCAUUCAUCACAACCGCGAGAGUCUUCACUCAAGACGAUGGAAAAUUUCAUCUUAAAUGGCGGUAUUGCCGAAAUCGGAAACGCUGGUGAAGGAAUUGGGGAAAUCUUCUUCAACACAUUGAAGAAACUCAAAGACAACAAAAACACGUUAAUAUUUGACGAUGCUACAAAGCAAGAAUAUUCAGCUGCAGAUGUUUACUUGAAUAGUAUUCGAGCUGCAUUACGUCUUCAUGCUUUAGGAGUAAGGCAAGGAGAUAUGAUUGGAAUUGUGUCUGAAAAUCGCGUUGAAUACAUCUGGACCGCCAUUGGAUGCUUUUAUUUAGGAGCCACCAUCAAUCCACUAAAUCCUGACUAUGUCACAAGAGAAAUAAAGCAUGCGUUCGAAAUAUCCCGUCCAAGGUUCGUCAUCGUCGAAUGUGAUAAGGUUUCACGCGUGUCCGAAGCCAGCAGUCAGCUAAAACAUGUCCCCACGUUGAUAACUUUUGAAGACUUCCAGGGUGAAGUAGAUAACGACGAGAAACUAAAGAUUGUAUCAUCAGAUCCCCUGAAAAACAUCGCUUUGGUUUUGUGUUCAUCUGGGACCACUGGUUUACCUAAAGGAGUGUCCCUGUCACAGGAAGCAAUUAAAAACUGUUUGUAUCAUGUUAAUGCACAAAUUGGUUUCGGUAUCGAUGAAAAAGAAACACUCAUUGCAGUGUUACCAUUCUAUCACAUUCUGGGAUUAUUAUCUGUCAUGGCGAGCAUACUUUACCAAGCAAAAGUGAUAGUAAUGCGUAAAUUCAAACCGGAUGCGUAUAUAAAAGCAAUAGAACAACACAAAGUGACAAAGUUGUUCAUAGUACCACCAUUAGCGUUGUUUUUGGCAAAGGCACAAGUUGAGUUUGAUUCAUCAAGCAUUAAAGAUGUGAUUUGUGGAGCAGCUCCUCUAGGUCCCGAAGGACAAGUCGCCCUGGAGCGUAAACUCGGCGUACCAAUUCGACAAGCCUAUGGAAUGACUGAAGCCUGUGCGAUUAGUUUAAGUCCACGUGAUGGCUGCCCACCAGGAAGUGCAGGAGCAUUGCUUGUUAAUGUAGAAGCAAUUGUUAGGGAUUUAUGCACAGGACAGUCUUUAGGUCCUGGACAAACAGGUGAAUUAUGUAUGAAAUCACCUUGUCUCAUGACUGGUUAUCUUCAUAAUGAACAAGCUACCAAAGAAGCGUUUGAUGGAGAUGGUUUUCUUCGAACUGGAGAUAUUGCUUAUUAUGAUGAUAAAGGAUUUAUUUUUAUUGUGGAUAGACUCAAGGAAUUGAUCAAAUACAAAGGUUUUCAAGUGCCACCCGCGGAAAUAGAGGAUGUCUUAAUGACGCAUGAAGAAAUCAAAGAUGCGGCUGUUGUUGGAAUACCAGACGAACGCGCUGGUGAAUUAGCGCGUGCUUUUGUUGUGAAAUCAGAAGGGAGCGGAUUAACACCGGAAUCUGUUCAGGAAUGGGUGGCAAAACAUGUUUCAAUGGCGAAACGUUUACAUGGAGGAGUAGUAUUUGUCUCCUCAAUACCUAAAAGUACAGCAGGGAAGAUUCUGCGAAGGGAACUCAAACAAAUGGCUCAAAAUAAUUAAAAAAGACUUUAUUCAUACUUUUAUCUUAUUCUAAGUUAAUAUUAUUCUGUACGUUUAAGAGCCUGUGGCUGCCAGAUCUUUUUCCUUUCAUAAUACUUAAUAACUGCUUCAGGACACUUUUGAUUUGCUAGUGUAGCUGGAAUCAAAUCAGCUUCCUGGCAGUCUUUGAACAUUAAUAAAAACAUAAGUUCACCGCA